GGCGAAGAAAAAGAGGAGGAGGAUUCGGGUGAGGAAGACAGUGAAUUGGCUGAACUGGAGGCUGCACGGCUUGGAAAAUUUUCUGAACAGCGCAAACGAUCCUCCACAGAAGCCCGAAAGCCUAAGAAGACCAUCUUUGGAUGGACUGCUCCCUUGCAAGGAUCCCGUUUCUCAGCCUCAGGAGACUCCGAAAGCCAUGUACUUGCUGCAUUUUGCCCACCAAAACAUUCCAACCCAGCCUUAGUGGUUACAUCUUCUCCCUUCUUUGUUCUCCCUAAACCGAUUGUCUUGCCUCCUGGCUACGCACCGGUCUUUCACCCCGCCUGUAUCCGUGGCGCAAUGACUGAAACCCAGGCGGACCAGAUAAAACCUUCUAUACCUGAGCACGCGUCAGUUACCGGUACGGCCUUCCCACCGGCCACGGCUGCGGUUGCCUCCAAAACUACUCAACUGCUCAAACCCUUCAUUACGGAUCCCGCUAAACAGGCUCGCUUUGAUGCUUAUCAAGUACUACGUCGUCGGGGCUUCACUCGUGAGUACCUUAUCUGUUUGUUGGUCUGCGGUUUUAUCUGCUUUAUUUCAUCCUUGAGCUGUUCCUUUUAUGUUGUCUGUUUUCGAAGAUAG